UCACCCAUCUUUGCUAUUUGUAAUUCUAAGUUAACCACCGCCCAUUGAUUUUCAUAUCAAUAAAUAAUCAUCUCUGUUUACCCUUUUUCAUUUCUUGCUUCCUACCUGUUUGUGUUUUUGUCUAGAGAGAAGAAAAAAAGAAAGAAAGAAGGGAGAUCGAGUGGCUCCUGUGUGUGGGGAGCAAUAACUUAAUCAAUUCAAGAAGAAGAAGAAGGAGAAGCUGAAGGAAGAGAAAACCCAAUUCUCCAUUAACCCUUCUUCUUCUUCAUCUUCUUCUCCUUCAAUUUUACUCCUCUGCAUCACCAGCAGCCCACUUGGUUUUCUCUCUUUGCUAUUCUUCUUCUUCUUCUUCAAAGAUCCUUCUCAUCUAUUUGUCUGUGUCUGGUUGGUUGUUGUACCUAAUUUACUUCUACUCCAACUAACAAAGAUCUAGAUUUUUGAUUUUGGAUAAAAGGGUCCUUUUUUAGAUCCAUCUCCAUCUGUCUCUUCUUAGUUUGAUUUUUCAGGCAUCAUUCACAUCUGGGUAAUUUGAAACUUUGUUUCUUGAGUUGGGUAAUGUUGUAAUCUUCUGCAUAUUUCCUUGAUACUUUAACGGCGAGGCCCACUGGUUUUUGUACUUAGUGGGCUUCGUCGUGAUUUCCAAAGAUCAGUGCUUUCUUCUUUGAAGAAGGAAGAAGGAGACUGUUUUUGAAAUAAGAGUAAUCAAAUUCGCUUCUUCAACUGACUGCAGAAAGAAACAAAGGAAUAUUCUCUUUGCAAAUGCUUUUCAUUUUCAUCACUUUCUUCUCCUUUAUCCUUUUUUACAAGUCUAUUACUCUCAAGCCCCUUCCGAAAUGGGUAACUGAGUUGAGACAUUUCCCUCUGUUUUUUUUGAAACAAGUGUCGUUUUCAAAUCUAGUUAACAGUUCUAGCUUCUUGUUGUUUCCUUUGAGCGUGUUAACAACGAUGAAGAUGAUGAAGGUGACUAGUUUCAACGCAAGAACACAGGACAACGUGCAGGAGAUUGAGCAGGAAAUGUCUGUAUUGGAUUUGCCAGAACUCGCUCUUGAUUGCAUUCUCGAUAGACUUUCACCAGAAGGAUUGUGCAGUAUGGCGGGUGUUUGUAAAUCUAUGAAGGAUAGAUGUACUGGUGAUCGGUUUUGGGAUAAACAUAUGAAGCAGAAAUGGGGAAGAGUUGUUGGCCCUUCAGCUUACCGUGAAUGGCAAUGGCAUAUUGCUUCUAAAAAGGAUUGGACUAAGCCUGACCAAAGCGGCCAGAGGAAAAGCUUCUUGAUGAGGUCCAUUUCUCGGCUUUGGCCUAGAUUGUUGAUUGGAUUGGAUAUCGAUCAUGAUGUUGCAAGUGACACCCCGAAAUCCUUACCAGUUGAUUCAAUCAUGUAUUGGUAUAAUGCCCUUCAUACCGGAAAGUUCUGGUUUCCAGCCCAAGUUUAUAACCGUGAGAAUGGGCAUAUUGGGUUUAUGCUGUCAUGCUAUGAUGCAGAGCUUUGCUAUGAUCUUCAUACUGAUACUUUCCAAGCUAGAUACCCACCACAUGGAAGAAGAGCAAUUGCAAUGGAGAGUGGAGUUACAUGGGACAGAUUAAGGGCACCCCCUGUUGAUACUCCGCCACAUGAUCUUCAUAUAUCCGAUUGUUUGAAUGAAUUAAGAUCGGGUGAUCAUAUCGAGAUUCAAUGGAGAAGAAACAAAGAAUUCCCAUAUGGUUGGUGGUAUGGUGUUGUGGGGCAUUUGGAAACAUGUCAGGUGAUCAGCCAGGGUUAUUGCAGAUGCCAUGAAAGUGAAACUGUGGUGCUGGAGUUUAACCAGUACACGCCUGGUUCAAGAUGGAGACAAACUUGCAUCAACAGGAAAGAACAUAGGGAAGAAGGCAAUGAAGCUGAUGGGUUCUAUGGUGGCAUUAGAAAACUUAACAGUAAUCACGAUAUUUCCACAUGGAAGCAACUUUGGCCACCUGCAAUUUUAGAAUAAUCGUCGGCUUAAUUAUUAAUUAAUAUUAACUGGAAUUUCGGAUGUAUCUUUGUUAGAAUAUCGUCGUGUUUACUUAUAAAUUCCUUUCUUUUUUUGUUCUGAAAUUCUGGGAUUGUAUUCAGUGAUCUUAAACUAGAAGAAGCCUGUUAAUGCAAAGUGCAAACGAUUAUUAGAUUCUA